UUCUUCAACCACGUGACGGACAAUUGGUCGCCGCAAACGGAGCUUUCUCGCUGAGACUUUUAUUGCGUCUGUGAGCGAGUCGCUUGAUGUUUGACACACGAAUGCGUGGAGGUUUUGUUGUUUGUAUUGUACGUCUUCUCGUGUGAUGAAGAGAAGUAGAAGUGCGAGGUCGAGUGUUUUGUGUCGUUUUUCUCCUGGUUUGCUUUUCUUUCCCGCUCGUGUUCGUCUCAUGCGCGACGACGAGAUCGAAGUAAAGCAUCCGACGAGCGGAGAGACCAUCACGCUAACACGCACGUUGCCACCGACGGGACCGGCUGAUCGCGACCCACGGACGUUCGAUGCGGCAGAUUUGGAUGUGGUAGUGGACGCGGUACCGACGGGCAAACUCAUCAACAUCGGUUGUCCGAUUCUGACGCCUUAUCGACAGCAAACUGAUAUGAUCGAAGGAGAGAAUGAAGAUGAAAGUAAAGGGAAUGGGAAGAAGAAGGAGAAUGGGUUAGGUAGACAGAGACCGGAGAGAGUGUACGUUCUGGGUAGAAUAGUGGAAAAGGAGUACAAACCACUGAGAGCGAGGGUGUUGUACUUUGAUAAAACAAUGGCUUGGUUUCCACGGGAACAGUUGAGAGUGAUGCAGUCACCUUGGGCUACUGAAGUUUGGGAGCAUUCCGGCGGUGAACAAGUGAAGUUUGAUGAUAGUGAGUCAGGUGAAUCGGACAGCAAUGGUACAUCGAGUGUGACUGAUGGUGAGUGGUCGAAGGUUGACGGUCAGAAGGGAAGGAAGCAGACGAGAAGUAUGAUACCGGUCAAGAAGUACAAGAAAGGAGAUGUCGUUACGUUGCCACAUGGAAUAAUAAAGAAGUAUAAUGGUAAGCAGUGGCGACGUCUUUGUGUAUUCCGUGACUGUAAGAAAGAAAGCCAACGAGGCGGUCUCUGUGCUCAACACUAUGGAGGAAGGGUGAAGGCGAGGAGGUCGACAAGACGCUCGAAUAGCACAUCAACAUGCAGCACUAGAGGUAAAGCCGAGAAACUGGAUAAGAAGAGAAAUGAAGAGAAUGACAAGAAUGACAUAGAAGACAUCAGAGCGGCUAAUAUUUUGGUGGAAAUGCAUCGUGCAAGAUCAUACACGCCACCCGAACCACUACCUGCAGCCACACCCACGCACACAUGUUCAUCCCAUUUAUCAUCGUCAUCACGUGACCGUCUACAUUCAUCUGUGAGUGACAUGUGUGAGGUAUAUGUUCCUUCUCCUACCGUCACUUUACCUUCCUCUGUACAUAGUAUGCUAUCUCAACAUUCACCAUUAGAGCAGACACGACCGAUUUAUCAAGUCGAUGCUGCAGCACAUGUGUACACAUGUAGCUCAACAUUCGACUUUUGUCAUAGUAAUGUGAAUGAGCACAAACCUCAUGUAGAAAUUCAGAGAUCUAUACCUCUUACUACUACUGCUGCUUUGUAUUCCACGUUUUGUCAGUUUCCUGAUUCAUCGAGGAAAUAUUGAGAAAUUAGAGAAGACAUAUUCAUGAACAUCGGUAACACUGGCUUUUACUAGACAAUGUAGCAUGCUGGUCGUGACAUAAGUUAAUUAGAUAAUAGAAUUAUUUGCUGCCAUGAGAUGAUAUCUAAUUUUCAAUACAAUUUGAGUUGAGUUGUUUGCGACAUCAUGUUAGUAAUGUAUUAAUCAGUUUGUGAUAUGAAGCCUCAUUUUGAAGUUCAGAUGUUA